AUGCGCCGCCAAUACUUCGAUCUUAUGGAGAUCUUCCGCCUCGCUGGGAAGCCCUCAGAAAAGCACAUGUUCCUCUUCAAUGGCGAUUUUGUCGACCGAGGCUCCUGGUCCACUGAGAUUGCGCUCCUACUUUACGCCUACAAGUGGCUAUACCCUGGCAAGUUCUUCCUGAACCGCGGUAACCACGAGACCGACGAUAUGAAUCGCAUGUACGGCUUCGAAGGCGAGUGUCGUGCAAAGUACACCAAAGAUCGCGUCUUCAAGCUCUUCUCCGAGUCCUUCUCCGCUCUUCCGCUUGCGACGCUCAUCGGCAAGAAGUACUUUGUGCUCCACGGCGGUCUCUUCUCCGACGACAAGAUCACGCUCGACGACGUGAGGAAGCUGGACCGCUUCAAGCAGCGGCAACCCGGACAGGCGGGCCUGAUGAUGGAAAUGCUCUGGACGGAUCCACAGACGCAGCCCGGUCGUGGACCUUCGAAACGUGGCGUCGGCCUGCAAUUUGGUCCUGAUGUCACCAAGCGCUUCUGCGAAAAUAACAACCUCGAGGCAAUUAUCCGCUCGCACGAAGUUCGCAUGGACGGUUACGAGGUCGAGCACGACGGAAAGUGCAUCACUGUCUUCUCUGCGCCACACUAUUGCGACAGCACCGGCAACAAGGGAGCCUUCAUCAAGAUCGGAUCAGAGUACAAGCUUAACUUCACACAAUUUGACGCAGUGCCGCACCCGAACGUUAAACCAAUGGCCUACGCCUCGAAUGGACUUCAAGGCAUGCUAUAA